AUUCUGCGCCGCUUCCUUCCCCUUUUUUUGGCUGCCAGUGGCGGAUGCAUCGCGGAGGUUUUCCAUAGCUAGGUGAGGAGCAGGAAGGACAGCAAGAGGAGAUCUCGGACCCUGAUGAACCAUCGACCCUCUUGUGUGUAGGAGAUGGCGGGCUCAUCUGGCGGUGGUGGUGGUGGUGUGCGCCAUGACCGGAUGUUCCUGUCGCUCAACAAGAGCCUUGCCAACACAGCCAACAUCGACAUCGACCCCACCGCCACCGUCACGUCUGCCGGCGCCAUGGCUGCCACGGCAGAUCCCCACCCCGACUGGCAACUGGGCGCUGACCUGCCUUUGAUGGAUGAGUGGUCUAUGUGGGAGCAGCUGCAGACGGCGGGGCAGCAGCCCGGCAGCAGGGGAGACAAUUACGAUAACCAGACGAACAAGUUCGCCACCUUCAGGACAGUUCAGGUGCGAUGGACGGCAUGACGGGGGGAUGGGGUUGGUGGUGGGGGGGUGUUGCAUUGCUGCUGCUGCUGCUGCUGUUGUGUGUGUGUGUGUGUGCAGCAUUUCUGGCGUCUGAUGGAGCAUCUCCCCCAGCCGAGCCACCUGGUGGAAGGCAAAAAGUGAGGGAGUAAUUGAGGAACACAACACGGUCAAGAAGGGGAGGAGCGGACACUCGGCGCAUGUGGGCGUGUGGUGGUCCAUGCAGAAUGGUUCGCGAGAGGGCGGACGGCGUUCACACGGUCGACGCCAUCAUGCUCUUCAAGUGCGUAUGCCCCAGCAACCACACACACACACACACAUACAGUCGGCUGCAAGCGGAACACACACACAGAUGGCUAUGUAUGUCUUCAUGUACCUUUCCCAUCCAUCUGUGUGUGCCUUCAGGAGUCCUAUUCGGCCCAAGUGGGAGGAUCCGAAGAACGCGGACGGCGGUCAUUUCCAGUUCCAGAUUCGCCCGAGGGAGUGUGAGCCAGCACAGAUCGACGAGUACUGGAAUAACCUGGUGCUGGGGGUGGUGGGGGCCACCAUCGAGCCACACGACAUCAUCACGGGCCUUCGAAUGGUCGGUCGGCUGGCGCACUACCAGCCAACACACAGGACACAGACGCACACACACACACGCACACACACACGCGGCGUGCAAUCCCUUAUGCUUGCCUGUGCACAGGUGGACAAGUUGCAGGCGAGCCGCACCCCAGCUGCGGCCACGAUACGGCUGGAGGUGUGGUUCACUCAGUGCGACGCAGGUCAGUCAGCCUGACAUCUGACUGUAAGUACAUGACAUAACACGCACGCGGUGACACCACCACAUCUAUCCACUCUCACUCUCACUGGCAUAUGUGUGUGUGCGUGUCGAUGUUUCAGAGCGCCGUGACACGCUGCGUCGCAACGUCGAGCGCUGCAUCGCCACCGGACUGGUCAGUCACACGACAGCCAUCCACUCACUACACGCCCACACACACGUGUGUGUGUGUGUUCAGGACAACACGAUGUACCAGCCCCCCCGCAGCGAGCACAAGGUGCACAGCAAACAGGUCAAACACUGAACCAUCCAAGAUACCACCAAGCAAAGCAAAGGAGGGGGCCGCGCGUAGAGAACCGUUGGCUGAGUGCACUCGAGGCGAGGCAGGUUGAUAGGUACCGAUCCGUACUGUGUGGGUAGUGGGCAGCUUGCGUUUCUCGGUCUGUUGGAUCCACUGGCCCUCUCUCUGCGUGUUGUAAGGGAGUGGAGCGUCCCUCUGUUGGGGGCAUGCCCCACUCCCUGACAGCUGCCUGCAGAGAGGAGGAGUGGAUGAAGCGACACGAGAAGCAGACAGGAGCCGGUAUGUCCAGCUAAAACAGCAGCAGCAGCAGCAGCAGAUAUUGAAAGACUGAGUGCGUGAAUGUCCUUGUGUUUGUACAGCGCCGACAUGUUUGUAUGUAUGUGUGUGUGUGGGGGGGGUAUAUCUCUGUGGGUGAGACUGAG